AUUACAUUGAAUUAAAAAUUAACUUUUGUUGUUACCUUUUUUAAUAUAAUACAAUAAGUUAAAAAAAAGAUUUCUUCAGAAGUAUACAAUUUCAGCGCUAUAAUGAAAAUUGACUACAAGUUUCAGAAUUUAUGUGGAACUGUUUACAGGAAAGGAAAUGUUAUAUUUACAUCAGGUGGUGAUUCUGUUUUAAGUCCAGUUGGAAACCGAGUAACAUGCUUUGAUCUUAAAAACAAUAAAUCUGUGACGCUUCCAUUCGAAAAUGGGAAGAAUAUUUCAAGGUUGUGCAUCUCUCCCAAUAACAAUCUACUGCUUUCUAUAGAUGAAGAUGGGAAAUGUGUACUUUUCAAUCUGCAGACUAAUUACAAGUUAGACUUCUUUAGUUUUAAGAAAAAAGUUUAUGCUAUUAAGUACAGUCCUAAUAGCAAAUAUAUAGCUGUUACAUAUGGUCGAGGUAUUCAAAUUUGGAAAGCUCCAGGAACAAACAGAGAGUUCACUCCAUUAACUCUCAUGCGAACUUGCUUAGGUGCAUAUGAUGAUACAAAAUGUAUUGAUUGGUCAGAUGAUUCAAGAUUUUUGGCUGUUGGUGGUAAAGAUAUGACUGUACGUAUAUAUUCAGUGAACAGAAUGAAAAACUUCAGACCUUUUGUUUUAACUGGGCAUCGAAGCAUUAUUAUUAAUUGUUUUCUACUAAAAGGUUCUUUAGAUUGUUAUUCAGUAAGUCGAGAUGGUGCAGUAUUUGUGUGGCGAUGUUAUGAACAGUUAGAAAGUUUUGAAGAGGAACAAUGUAAGCGAAAAAAAGAAGAUGAUUUAUCAGAAGACUAUGCCAAAUGGAGACUUGAAUCUAAACAUUUCUUCUAUCAAAAUGAUACAUCACUGACAUGUGCAGAAUUUCACAAAGGCAACAGUAUUUUAGUUGUUGGGUUUUCAAGUGGAAUUUUCAUGUUAUAUGAAAUGCCUGAUUUCAUACAAAUCCACUCAUUAAGUAUAACUCAACAUAAGAUCAACUCAAUUGCUAUAAGCAAUACAAGUGAGUGGCUUGCAUUUGGCUCUUCCACCUUAGGUCAGCUUUUGGUUUGGGAAUGGCAAAGUGAAACUUAUGUCCUAAAACAACAAGGUCAUUUUUAUGAUAUGAAUGUUAUGGCAUAUUCACCUGAUGGACAGUUUAUUGCAACAGGAGGAGAUGAUGGAAAGGUUAAGAUGUGGAACACAAUAUCAGGAUUUUGCUUUGUGACUUUUCAUGAACACUCAGCUGGCAUAUCUGGAGUUGAGUUUAGUCAAAAUGGAAAAGUAAUUGUUACUUCUUCUCUUGAUGGAACUGUUAGAGCUUUUGACUUGAACAGAUAUCGCAAUUUUCGAACAUUUACAUCACCUCGCCCAGCUCAGUUUUGCUCAUUAUCUCUUGAUAGUAGUGGGGAAAUUGUCUGUGCUGGAUCUCUAGACACAUUUGAAAUAUUUAUGUGGUCAAUGCAGACUGGAAGGCUUCUUGAGAUAUUAUCAGGACAUGAAGGGCCUGUAUCAUGUCUUGCAUUUUCUCCCAUUAAAGCAAUGUUAGUAUCUGGAUCAUGGGACAACACUGUUCGCUUAUGGAAUGUUUAUGAUCAAACAUCACCAAAGGAAACAAUUACUAUUGGUUCUAAUGUUACUGCUAUUGCAUUUCGCCCAGAUGGUUAUGAAAUAGCUGUUUCUGCACUUGAUGGAGAGAUAAAGUUUUGGCAGCCUAAUAUUUUAAUGGAAGUUGGCUCAAUUGAAGGAAGAAAAGACUUAGGAACAGGACGCAAGAAAACAGAUCUUGUAACUGCAAAACAUUUAACUAGUGGCCGGUGUUUUACAAGUUUGUGUUAUUCUGCAGAUGGCCAAUGUGUAUUAGCAGGUGGUCGAUCAAAAUAUGUUUGUAUAUAUCAUGUUGAACAACAAAUAUUGCUACGUCGCUUUGGAAUUUCAUCCAACAGAUCUUUAGAUGGAAUGAUGCGAUAUCUUCACAGCAAAAAUAUAAGUAGUGCUGGAGCCAUUGACAUGAUCGAUCUAGAUAAACAAAGUGAUGAUGAUGAUGACAGUAAAAAUGAUAUCAGUUUACCAGGUGUUAAAAAAGGAGAUAUGUGCUCCAGAAAAGUACAGCCAGAAAUCCAAACAAAAUGUCUUCGAUUUUCACCUACAGGUCGCCAAUGGUCAGCAGCUACCACAGAAGGACUUCUAAUUUUUUCACUUGAUGGCUCACUAACCUUUCGUCCAGAAGAUCUAGAUAUUGACGUAACACCGGAGCGUAUAACACAAUUAAUAACAGAAAAAAAUUUUGCUCUUGCUCUAAAUUAUGCAUUUCGUCUUAAUGAACACAAACAACUUGAAGAAGUAGUGGAGAGUAUACCAAUAUGUGAUAUUGCAGUAAUAUCAAAAAGUAUUCGUGAAGAUUAUAUUAGUAAAAUGAUUUGUUUUGUUGGUAAACAGUUGGAGGCUUCUAAACACAUACAGUUUUAUUUAACAUGGACAAAACAUUUAUUGUCAUCCAGAGGGGUUUAUAUAAAAAAUCAUUCAGCAACUUUAAUGCCUGAUCUUAGGUUAAUUCAAAAAAGUUUAAUUAGACAUUCUUCUUCGAUUUCUUCGAUAUGUGAAGGCAAUUAUUAUUCUUUAAAAUAUAUACUGUCAACUAAAAUGCCAAAUGUUUCUACGGAGAAUGAAGAUAUUUUAAUGGAAGAAUAAAUAUAUUUAGCUGUA